CACACACAAGCUCUCAUCCACAUUAAUUAUUUCCUUUUCCAUGGCUCCAAAUCCUCACUUCUAUUCAAACUACACAAUAUUCAACUCUGAUCUUGCAGAGUUCCAAACCCAAGCGUUGGCUUCAUCACUCAAUGGCAAUAUUACUAUGCAGGACAAUAAUACCAUGUGGGGUUGUCAAGAUAGUUUAAUUCCUGUGCUUGAUAAUGGGGAAGUUGAUCAUCAAAUUGUGCCAUCCUCACUUGAUUGUGAUGCCAUGUCCUCUGUUUGGAUGCCAAACUUUUCAGAGCAACUAGGGGGCAUUUCAGACAUGGCCAUGCCAGCAAUUUCAGGCUUCUAUGGUGGCAAUAUUACAGGUACAGGGUAUCAGAAUUUCAACAGCAGAUUCCAACCCAAAAUUGCUGAUUUUGGGGAAGAAUGUUGUGGUUUUGUGGAGGAAGUUAAGCCGAAUGCUUAUCUUAAUGCUGCCAGAGAAAGCUGGGGAAAUCAAUGUACUCAAAUACCAGCAGUUGAAGAGCCUAACAUAAAGGUAGGAAGGUACUCAGAAGAAGAAAGGAAAGAAAGAAUUCUGCGUUAUUUGAAGAAAAGAAACCAAAGAAACUUUAACAAAACCAUAAAGUAUGCAUGCCGGAAAACCUUAGCUGAUAGGCGAGUAAGAGUUAGAGGAAGGUUUGCGAGAAACAACGAGCUAUGUGAUGAAGAGACCGCUUCAAAAAAGCACGAGAAUCACCUUCACAAAGAAGACUUUUAUGGUGGUGAUUCAUUUCAGUAUCAGCUAAAGAAUGAAGAUGAGGACUGGCUGCAAGAGGCUUUGGCAAGUUUAGUCUAUUUAUCCCAUUCUUCACCGGAAGAUAUGUGACCCAGCAUCAAUAAAUCAUCAUAUAUAUGACUAGAAUUUACUCCAGCACAUUUGGGACUUCCUCACAGGGUUUAAACUAGCUAGUGCAAAAUGAAGAGGAAGAGUUGACUCUGAUUAUUCAGAUUGUAUGCUAUAGUGUAUAUUUUCUUUGAGAAUUAAGCCAACCUUAGACGUAAACUCUAAUUGCAUGGCGGUGCAAGCAGCUGCUGUAGAUUAUUUGGUGCUAAUUUAAUUAUGGGCAUCUUAAUUUGUUUAAUUAAAGGGCCUUCUUUGACUGGAUACUUGGGUUGAUGUUUUGAAAGAUAUAAUAUUCUUCUAUGUGCAUGGAUGGAAGGGACUUUAUGUUUGAAAAGACAGAAAUAUUCCGAUAAACCUAUAGCUUAUGAGUCACAAUCUCUUUAAGUGUUUGGUGGCAGUUCUUGCUAUUGAUGUAAUUCACUCAUUGUGAUGAUUAGGGAAAGCCACUAAUCGGAAAUUCAAGUUCUCAUAUAUCCGAGCAGCGUUAGU